GCACCCUCGGUUACAAAAAUCAGCAGUCGAGCACAUACCGAUAGAAGAGCCUCCGAAGUGAAAAACAAAACUCCUGGGAAACUCAGUAUGUCGGCAGUUGUCGGAUCGAGACAGCUAGAGUCUAUCCAGUCUUUACUCCAACGAAGUGCUAAUGAUGGUAAAUCGCUUCCUUGCUUUCCACAUAUUCUUGUAGUUCCUGGUUCUCAUCGAGCCACUUUGUCGAAGCAAAGUACACCACCCAAAUUAAAAGCCAGAAUACCGUUGGGUGACGAUGAUCUCAUCGAAUCUGUCAUGCACCAAGUGGCCGAAUUUAAUCAAGACAAACUGCCAGAAGCCUCCUUGGUCAAAGUGCUCGCCGAUGUGUAUCUUGAUGCAAAAUCCAAAUUAGGAAAGACGUCCGCGAAAUGCAGUGACCUCUCUUCUUCCACGACCGUAGAGUGUGUUUUGCCAUGUUCUCUACCUAAUAGUGAGACCUCGGAGGUGGUUGAGAGUAAAUCUCAUUCUACUUUGGCUGCUCCAGCCGCUCAACCGGUCCCAAUGUCAGUGUCGGAGAAAAAGCGCUUGAAAUGGGAGAGCGAAAGAGCGGAAAUGGCCGCUUUGGCCGCUCAAACGUCAUGGGGCACUGAAUCUCUGGGCAACUCCACAAUAAGGAACCAUCGUUCAUCUCAGUCUUUUGUUGACGCUUGUCCCGAUCCCCAACGCACCACAGCCACUCGGAACGAUCAGCUGGCUGGCAAGGCGUCUUUAACCUACACAAGUGCUACAUCACUUCCAGCUCUCACUCCGAUGGCUUUUGCGGUGAACCAAGAUGUGGAUCUAUUGAAGCGAGAAGAGCAACGACGCCAGUGGAAGAAUGCUCUGGAUGAACAAAUAAGAGAACAGCGCGCACUGCGCGAGAAACGGCUCCUAGAAGAACGACAGGAGAACCUGGCUUUGCUAGAUCAGCUGCAAGGUGGCGUGGACUCCGGAACACGUACGGUCCUCGGUUCGAACUCUCAGUCCUCGCCCAACGUGAACCCUCUUUCCAACGCAUCGCUGUUUCACCCUCAUCCUUCGGCCAGCCAUUUCUCUACCUCCGUUCCCAUACCUGAUCUGAUGUGUACAGACUUGGGUGCGGUAGCGACAACGAAACCUGUCUCGCAAUUUAAUCGCACCCGUGGUUUCACACAAACACUAUAUUCAAGUCCCGCUGAUGAAGCUGCUCGGCUUCGGCGUGCCGAGGAAAUCCAGCGUGCCAAUUUGGAGCAGAUUGAAGAGCACCGUCGUAUUCGUGAACUUGAACGAGCCAAUCGGCUUCUGGAGGAUAAACUUGAGGAGGAGCGUUUGGAGCGUGAGCGCGCACAAUUGCGGGCGGUCGUCGAAGCUGAGAACAAAGAAAAGCAGUUAAGAGAGAUGGAAGAAAACACAAGAACUCAGAUUUUAUUCGAUAGCCUAAAACAAGCGCGUGAAGAGGCUGCCAACUAUAGAACGCAAGUCCGUUUUCGUCGUAGUGGUGUUGACCAGCAGAAUCCAACGUCCCACACUGGAGAUGAUGACGGUGGCCACACAAUAGACAGCAAGCCACAAACAAAAGUGGCGGCGUACGCAAACCCCAGUGCACAGAUGAAUAUGGGCAGCACAUAUACUAUGAAUCUGGACACAGUGCUCAAUAAAGUGCAAGUUCCCGUAGUGACCUCAUCAGUUGGGGACACAGAAGAUGCUGCCUGUCAAACAGGUCAGUGUCACCUCCUCUCUUUGGACUGUGUUCCAUUUAGUGUACACGCAUUAGAGUAUCGAAGCUCCUGCUUCCCUGUUCCUUCCUAUCUAGAUCCAGUUUCGAUCACCUCGCCGAAUUCGACCCCAGUGAGAGCCAAGGCUUCCGUUGGUACUGCCAACGCUCCUGGAGACCGGUAUCCUGUGGUUGGUCAAACGCGCCGUAAAAUUGCCAACUCAGGAGACAACGUCAGUGAAACGUCACACCGACUACCACCAAUCAAAAGAGCUCCUCAACGCACACAAAAAGCGGGAAAUAAUUGUCUUCCAACCGAAAGCUUUCCGUCACAGUGCGUUGAUCGCCUUCGGACACCCAAAAAACCUAUUGGAACUUCCACCGUUCAAACUCAGUCGCCCUUAAAAUCUAUUGGAGAGACCUCAAACAGAAUAUCGAACGGGGGUCAUUACGCCGCAGUUCCAUCCAACGCCAGAAAAACACAAGCCGUUAUCUCAGCUAUUCAGUCUGAUCGCAAUCCAACCCGAAUUCCUGUGCCUGUUUCCUCUUCAACGAAGAAACCGACUGUGCGCCAUAGGGAUUCUCCUCCUUCCACACCUCCUCUGUCUCGCUACACUGACGGAGUCGCGGCAACUCAUUACCCUCUUAAUUUGGUACGUACGCAUGACGUUCUCGAUCCCAACUACGCUACCAUCACUGUUCCGGUAAUCCGAGAAAAUACCGCGAAACCGACGAGUCAGCAAUCAUGUCUUACGGAUAAAGUACCCGAUCCAGUCAACUCGCGUAGUGAUCGACAGAAUUCCAUAUUGCAGCAUUUGUCUGAAAUCCGAAAAGGCCACAACAUUUUGCCGUUCAUUGCUGGCUACAUUGAACAAGGGUUUCUCCCUAAAAUCAACCUGUUCACACAAGUCAUAACGGAGACCGACACUUUGAAACCGUUCGUCAAACCCCGUCUCCCAGUUCGUGUUCCAGCCUUUAGCGUUCGCACUCUGGAAGAAGCUAGACAACAAACUGCUGUUGCAUGGACUCACUUUUUAUUGAUGUAUGCUGCCCCUGAAAUGACGACUCUGGACCCAAGAACGGCUGUGGAACUGACCUUUCCAUCGGUUUCCUGUCGCUUCUGGUUGCGCAUGUCCGGUGAUCCAGAAGCCGCCGCGAUGAGCUCGUUUCGUUACUGUCGGUGCCACUACGUCUCAUUUAUUCUUAGCGGCUUAUGCAGGCGUAUGAGAGUACGCAGUAUCUGUUCGCUGAUCUCCUGGACCCUUUUGUCCUUACUCUUCGUCAGCAGCUUUUGGCGCUUUGCUUGCGUCAUCUUCAUCACAAACCCGACCGAUACACCCUCCGUGGAGCCACCAUUUGGCUCGGCACAUCGGGUUCCUUCUGUCUUUUGCUCGUUCAAUUCACUGUGGGCAAUUCCAGAGUUUUGGCCCAGGCACAUUACAACUCGUGUUUUACCAGAUCGUGAUUUGACCGUGUUUAUUUUUAGUAGCCAUCCCCCUUUCCCCAACUCGCCCCAGUUGAGCGAUCCAACUUUUAUCCUUCGUCGGAAACAGGUCAAUGAUCUUCUUAUCGCUAGUUUACAUGGCUUGGUCUCUCACGUAAUAUGGGUGUACCCAUCGUGGCGCCGUGAUUCUCUUCCUGAUUUGCACACUGUGACCAAGUUCGAAUUGGGGAUUGCGAGUAUCAGCUUCGCUGAUGCUGUUCCCUCUGUACGGUCAGAUUCCCAGAUUUCGGAGCAUCGUCGUCGAUCGCUGUCGAAAGAUAAUCCUCGGGCAGAUAAUGAUCACUCGGAACUCACUACCCUCUGCCUUUGUCCCAGUUCUGGAUCUCCGUGUACUUUGCCGCUUUUAUAUUCGUUCAAUCUAGACAUCCCGCCGGAGACUUGUUCCAGAAAUGUAACCGUUGUAUUCGAACAGGUUAUUGACCUAAUUGUCGAGUCGAAGUUGGUGCAAACCACGCAGCCAAGCGACACAAAACACAACCAGUUGUUUCAAAGUCUCUUUACUAAAUGGAGGUCUGUCUCCAUGGACCAUCAGACGACAGAGCAACCCUGGCCACUCAACUCCCGUUUCAACUUCGACCAAUGGCCAAUCGUGUUCCUGUUCGAAGCAAACUAUUUUGGAUCGAAUCAACCAGAAUCACGGCCGGUUUUGGUUCCUCCAUCAUCCGCGCUUAUUACAUUCAGAAACUUAGUACAAAAACUAAUCAUCGAGCUUCUUGACUCCACAAAGAACGAUCAAUUGUCCAUCCAUCUGGCCACUCGCUUUGUAGACCUUGUAAUCCCGACCAUCCCGUUGAAUACAGCAUCGCUUUGGACCAGGCAGGUUCUCGGGGUUUGCGCGUGCGACUUACCCCAAUCGGAUUUGUUAACCAAGAGUAAACAGGAUAGUUUGUUCCUCAAGUGGGCCACAAUGUUGUCUAUUUCGACUUUGAAUCGUACGGACACAUGCAGUCGUCUACAACCAGCUAUUAACCCGUUGUUACUUUCUGACAAGAUCACACCAUCGGCAGCUACUGCAGCGCUUAACCUUUGGAACUGGUUGUGUCACCUUGACAUUGAAGACCUCUUGUCGAUUGUCAGUUGGGUUCCGUGCGAUAUAGCCUCAUCGGCUUCCUCUCACCACCCUGUCGACCUGUGUCCUCGGAGCAUCGCUAUCCAUCCAUCGUCCUCUGUGAUACCAACUUUGGAACAGUCGUUGCUUCUGUAUCGUUUGACUUCAAUCCUCAAAAACCUACCAGUUCCAAGGUUAAUCACUAUGGUUGGCCAUCCAACAGCCGGCCCAUCUGACCAAGAGAGCACUGACCAUAUACAUUUCCGGAAGCUCUGUGAUGUUUUUGCUAAUCGUCUUUGAUGGCUUUCGCGCUUUAUUUAACAAUCUUACACCUGCCAUUCGCAGCUGUUUAUGUGUGAUUAUAUACUUCCAUUGAGAUAUCGCUCUAGCUUCUAGCUUGUUUUCUUCGUUACCAUCGCUCCUAUUUUCAUUCUCUUAUUUGUACCCAGGAUUGGUCUCCUGUUAAUUUUCUACGUACAGAGUAUCAUGG